AUGCAAGAGAACUGGGAGACAGGGCUGGUGAGGGACAUGCCUACCACGAUCUUGGCAUGGCUUAUUACCAGCCUGGGUGAUAUCAAUCAAGCCACAGAGUACCACAAACAACACCUUACUAUUGCCAAAGUACUGGAAGACAGGGCAGGCGAGAGAAGGGCCUACCACAAUCUUGGCUUGGCUUAUCGCGUGCUGGGUGACUUCAAUCAAGCCAUAGAGUACCACAAACAACAACUUACUAUUGCCGAAGAACUGGGAGACAGGACAGACGAAAGAAACGCCUACCACAAUCUUGGCUCGGCUUAUUACCAGCUGAAUGAUUUCACUCAAGCCAUAGAUUACCACAAAAAACAUCUUAGUAUUGUUAGAGAACUGGGAGACAGGGCAGACGAGGGACAUGCCUACCACGAUCUUGGCUCGGCUUAUCAAAACCUUGGUGAUUUCAAUCAAGCCAUAGAGUACCACAAACAACAUCUUACUAUUGCCGAAGAACUGAGAGACAGGGCUGGCGAGGGACAUGCCUACCACGAUCUCGGCAUGGCUUCUUACCAGCUGGGUGAUAUUCGUCGAGCCACAGAGUACCACAAACAUCAUCUGACUAUUGCCGAAGAACUGGGAGACAGGGCAGGCGAGAGAAGGGCCUACCACAAUCUUGGCUUAGCUUAUCACGUGCUGGGUGAUUUCAAUCAAGCCAUACAGUACCACCAACAACAUCUCAUUAUUGCCAAAGAACUGGGAGACAGGGCAGACGAAAGAAAUGCGUACCACAAUCUUGGCUCGGCUUAUUACCAGCUGAAUGAUUUCACUCCAGCCAUAGAGUACCACAAACAACAUCUCAGUAUUGUUAAAGAACUGGGAGACAGGGCAGGCGAGGAACAUGCCUACCACGAUCUUGGCUCGGCUUAUCACAAGCUUUGUGAUUUAAAUCAAGCCAUAGAGUACCACAAACAACAUCUUACUAUUGCCGUAGAACUGAGACACAGGGCUGGCGAGGGACAUGCCUACCACGAUCUCGGCAUGGCUUCUUACCAGCUGGGUGAUAUACGUCGAGCCACAGAGUACCACAAACAACAUCUGACUAUUGCCGAAGAACUGGGAGACAGGGCGGGCGAGAGAAGGGCCUACCACAAUCUUGGCUUAGCUUAUCACGUGCUGGGUGAUUUCAAUCAAGCCAUACAGUACCACCAACAACAUCUCAUUAUUGCCAAAGAACUGGGAGACAGGGCAGACGAAAGAAAUGCGUACCACAAUCUUGGCUCGGCUUAUUACCAGCUGAAUGAUUUCACUCAAGGCAUAGAGUACCACAAACAACAUCUCAGUAUUGUUAAAGAACUGGGAGACAGAGCAGGCGAGGGACAUGCCUACCACGAUCUUGGCUCGGCUCAUUACAAGCUGGAUGAUUUCAAUCGAGCCAUAGAAUACCACAAACAACAUCUUAGUACUGUUAAAGAACUGGGAGACAGGGCAGGCGAGGGACAUGCCUACCAAGAUCUUGGCUCGGCUUAUCACAAGCUUGGUGAUUUCAAUCAAGCCAUAGAGUACCACAAACAACAUCUUACUAUUGCCGAAGAACUGGGAGACAAGGCUGGCGAGGGACGUGCCCACCACGAUCUUGGCUCGGCUUAUCACAAGCUUGGUGAUUUCAAUCAGGCCAUAGAGUAUCACAAACAACAUUUUACUAUUGCCGAAGAACUGAGAGACAGGGCUGGCGAGGGACAUGCCUACCACAAUCUUGGCAUGGUUUAUUACCAGCUGGGUGAUAUCAAUCAAGCCACAGAGUACCACAAACAACAUCUUACUAUUGCCAAACUACUGGAAGACAGGGCAGGCGAGAGAAAAGCCUACCACAAUCUUGGCUUGGCUUAUCACGUGCUGAAUGAUUUCACUCAAGCAAUAGAGUACCACAAAAAACAUCUUAGUGUUGUUAAAGAACUGGGAGACAGAGCAGGCGAAGGACAUGCCUACCACAAUCUUGGCUCGGCUUAUCACAAGCUUGGUGAUUUCAAUCAAGCCAUAGAAUAUUACAAACAACAUCUCACUACUGCCAAAGAACUGGGAGACAAGGCAGACAAGGGACGUGCCUACCAAGAUCUUGGCUUGGCCUAUUACAAGCUGAAUGAUUUCAAUGAAGCCAUAGAGUACCACAAACAACAUCUUGGUAUUGUUAAAGAACUGGGAGACAAGCCAGGCGAGAGACAUGCCCACCAAAAUCUUGGCUCGGCUUAUCACAAACUUGGUGAUUUCAAUCAAGCCAUAGAGUAUCACAAACAACAACGUACUAUUGCCGAAGAACUGGGAGACAGAGCUGGCGAGGGACAUGCCUGCCACGAUCUUGGCUUGGCUUAUUACCAGCUGGGGGAUUUCAAUCAAGCCAUACAGUACCACAAACAACAACUUACUGUUGCCGAAGAACUGGGAGACAGGGCAGACGAAAGAAAUGCCUACCACAAUCUUGGCUCGGCUUAUUACCAGCUGAAUGAUUUCACUCAAGCUUUAGAGUACCACAAAAAACAUCUUAUUGUUGUUAAAGAACUGGGAGACAGGGCAGGCGAAGGACAUGCCUACCACAAUCUUGGCUCGGCUUAUCACAAGCUUGGUGAUUUCAAUCAAGCCAUAGAGUAUUACAAACAACAUCUCACUACUGCCAAAGAACUGGGAGACAAGGCAGACAAGGGACGUGCCUACCACAAUCUUGGCUCGGCUUAUUACAAGCUGAAUGAUUUCAAUGAAGCCAUAGAGUACCACAAACAACAUCUUGGUAUUGUUAAAGAACUGGGAGACAGGGCAGGCGAGGGACAUGCCCUCCAAAGUCUUGGCUCGGCUUAUCACAAACUUGGUGAUUUCAAUCAAGCCAUAGAGUAUCACAAACAACAACGUACUUUUGCCGAAGAACUGGGAGACAGAGCUGGCGAGGGACAUGCCUGCCACGAUCUUGGCUUGGCUUAUUACCAGCUGGGGGAUUUCAAUAACGCCAUACAGUACCACAAACAACAACUUACUAUUGCCGAAGAACUGGCAGACAAGGCAGACGAAGGAAACGCCUACCACAAUCUUGGCUCGGCUUAUUACCAGCUGGAUGAUUUCACUCAAGCCAUAGAGUACCACAAAAAAUAUCUUACUAUUGCCGAAGAACUAGGAGACAGGGCUGGCGAGGGACAUGCCUGCCACAAUCUUGGCUUGGCUUAUCACGUGCUGGGUGAUUUCAAUCAAACCAUAGAGUGCCACAAACAACAAGGUACUAUUGCCGAAGAACUGGGGGAAAGGGCAGACGAAAGAAAUGCCUACAACAAUCUUGGCUUGGCUUAUCACAACCUUGGUGAUUUCAAUCAAGCCAUAAAGUAUCACAAACAACAUCUUACUAUUGCCAAAGAACUGGGAGACAGGGCAGACGAAAGAACUGCCUACCGCAAUCUUGGCUCGGCUUAUCACAACCUUGGUGAUUUCAAUCAAGCCAUAAAGUAUCAUAAACAACAUCUUACUGUUGCCGAAGAACUGGGAGAGAGGGCUGGGGAAGGACAUGCCUACCACGAUCUUGGCUUGGCUUAUUACCAGCUGGGGGAUUUCAAUCAAGCCAAAAAGUACCACAAACAACAUCUGACUAUUGCAGAAGAACUGGGAGACAGGGCUGGCGAGAGAAAUGCCUACCACAAUCUUGGCUUGGCUUAUCACGUGCUGGGUGAUUUCAAUCAAGCCAUAGAGUGCCACAAACAACAACGUACUAUUGCCGAAGAACUGGGAGACAGGGCAGACGAAAGAAAUGGCCACAACAAUCUUGGCUUGGCUUAUCACAACCUUGGUGAUUACAAUCAAGCCAUAAAACAUCACAAACAACAUCUUACUAUUGCCAAAGAACUGGGAGACAGGGCAGACCAAGGAAACGCCUACCACAAUCUUGGCUCGGCUUAUUACCAGCUGGACGAUUUCCCUCAAGCCAUAGAGUACCACAAACAACACCUAAGUAUUGCCAAAGAACUGAGAGACAGGGCAGGCGAGGGACAUGCCUACCACGAUCUUGGCUCGGCUUAUCACAAGCUUAGUGAUUUCAAUCAAGCCAUAAAUUAUCACAAACAAUAUCUUUUUAUUGCCGAAGAACUGGGAGACAGGGCUGGCGAGGAACAUGCCUGCCAUGAUCUUGGCUUGGCUUAUUACCAACUGGGUGAUUUCAAUCAUGCCAUAGAGUACCACAAACAACAACUUACUAUUGCCGGAGAACUGGGAAACAGGGCAGACGAAAGAAACGCCUACCACAAUCCUGGCUCAGGCUAUCACAACCUUGGUGAUUUCAAUCAAGCCAAAAAGUAUCACAAACAACAUCUUACUAUUACCGAAGACCUGGGAGACAGGGCGGACGAAAGAAAUGCCUACCACAAUCUUGGCUCGGCUUAUUACCAGCUGGGUGAUUUCAAUCAAGCUAUAGAGUACCACAAACAACAUCUUGGUAUUGCCAAAGAACUGGGAGGCAGGGCAGGCGAGGGACAUGCGUACCACGAUCUUGGCUCGGCUUAUCACAAGCUUGGUGAUUUCAAUCAAGCCAUAAAGUAUCACAAACAACAUCUUACUAUUGCCAAAGAACUGGGAGACAGGGCUGGCGAGGGACAUGCCUACCAUAAUCUUGGCUUGGCGUAUCACGUACUGGGUGAUCUAAAUCAAGCCAUAGAGUACCACAAACAACAACUUAGUAUUGCCGAAGAACUGGGAGACAGGGUAGACGAAAGAAAUGCCUACAACAAUCUUGGCUUGGCUUAUCACAACCUUGGUGAUUUCAAUCAAGCCAUACAGUACCACAAACAACAUCUUACUAUUGCCGAACAACUGAGCGACAGGGCUGGCGAGGGAAAUGCCUACCACGAUCUUGGCUUGGCUUAUUACCAGCUGGGUGAUUUCAAUCAAGCCAUAGAGUGUCACAAACAACAUCUUACUAUUGCCGAAGAACUGGGAGACAGGGCAGACAAGGGACGGGCCUACCACAAUCUUGGCUCGGCUUAUCAUAAGCUGGGUGAUCUCAAUCAAGCCAUACAAUACCACAAACAACAACUUACUAUUGCCGAAGAACUGGGAGACAGGGCAGACGAAAGAAAUGCCUACAACAAUCUUGGCUCGGCUUAUCACAACCUUGGUGAUUUCAAUCAAGCCAUACAGUACCACAAACAACAUCUUACUAUUGCCGAAGAACUGGGAGACAGGGCAGACGAAAGAAACGCCUACCACAAUCUUGGCUCGGCUUAUCACAACCUUGGUGAUUUCAGUCAAGCCAUAAAGUAUCAUAAACAACAUCUUACUAUUGCCGAAGAACUGGGAGACAGGGCUGACGAGGGACAUGCCUACCACCAUCUUGGUUCGGCUUAUCAUAUGCUUGGUGAUUUCAAUCAAGCCAUAAAGUAUCACAAACAACAACUUGCUAUUGCCGAAGAACUGGGAGACAGGUCUGGCGAGGCACAUGCCUAUCACAAUCUUGGCUUGGCUUAUCACGUGCUGGGGGAUUUCAAUCAAGCCAUAGAGUACCACAAACAACAACUUAGUAUUGCCGAAGAACUAGGAGACAGGGCAGACGAAAGAAAUGCCUACCACAAUCUUGGCUUAGCUUAUCACAAGACUGGUGAUUUCAAUCAAGCCAUAAAGUAUCACAAAGAACAUCUUAGUAUUGCCGAAGAACUGGGAGACAGGGCAGACGAAAGAGAUGCCUACCACAAUCUUGGCUUAGCUUAUUACCAGCUGGAUGAUUUCAAUCAAGCCAUAGAGUACUACAAACAACAUUUUAGUAUUGCCAAAGAACUGGGAGACAGGGCAGGCGAGGGACAUGCCUACCACGAUCUUGGCUCGGCUUAUCACAAGCUUGGUGAUUUCAAUCAAGCCAUAGACUAUCACAAACAACAUCUUACUAUUGCCGAAGAACUGAGAGACAGGGCUGGUGAGGGACAUGCCUACCACGACCUUGGCUUGGCUUAUUACCAGCUGGGUGAUUUCAAUCAAGCCAUAGAGUGUCACAAACAACAUCUUACUAUUGCCGAAGAACUGGGAGACAGGGCAGACGAGGGACGGGCCUACCACAAUCUUGGCUCGGCUUAUCAUAAACUGGAUGAUUUCAAUAAAGCCAUAGAGUACCACAAACAACAACUUACUAUUGCCGAAGAACUGGGAGACAGGGCAGACGAAAGAAAUGCGUACCACAAUCUUGGCUCGGCUUAUUACCAGCUGGAUGAUUUCAAUCAAGCCAUAGAGUACCACAAACAACAUCUUGGUAUUGUUAAAGAGCUGGGAGACAGGGCAGGCGAGGGACAUGCCUACCACGAUCUUGGCUCGGCUUAUCACAAGCUUGGGGAUUUCAAUCAAGCCAUAGAGUAUCACAAAAAACAUCUCUCUAUUGCUGAAGAACUGGGAGACAGGGCUGGCGAGGGACAUGCCUACCACGAUCUUGGCAUGGCUUAUUACCAGCUGGGUGAUAUCAACCAAGCCACAGAGUACCACAAACAAAAUCUUACUAUUGCCGAAGAACUGGGAGACAGGGCUGGCGAGGGACGUGCCUAUUACGAUCUUGGCAUGGCUUAUUACCAGCUGGGUGAUAUCAAUCAAGCCACGGAGUAUCACCAACACCAUCUUACUAUUGCCAAAGUACUGGGAGACCGGGCAGGCGAGAGAAGGGCCUAUCACAAUCUUGGCUUGGCUUAUCGCGUGCUGGGCGAUUUCAAUCAAGCCAUAAAGUACCACAAACAACAUCUUACCAUUGCCGAAGACCUGGGAGACAGGGCAGACGAGGGACGUGCUUACCACGAUCUUGGCUCGGCUUAUCACGAGCUGGAUGAUUUCAAUCAAGCCAUAGAGUACUACAAACAAUAUCUUAGUAUUGUUAAAGACCUGGGAGACAGGGCAGGCGAGGGACGUGCCUACCACGACCUUGGCUCGGCUCAUCACAAGCAUGGUGAUUUUAAUCAAGCCAUAGAGUAUGCCAGGAAAAAUCUUAGUAUUACUAAAGAACUGGCAGACAGGGCAGGCGAGGGACAAGCCCACGAAGAUUUCGGCUUGGCUUACCUUGAGCUGCAUGAUUUCAAUCAAGCAAUAGAGCACCACAGGCAGUAUCUUAAUAUCGCUAAAGAACUGGGAGACAGAACAAGCGUGGGAAGGGCCUACAAAAAUCUUGGUAUGGAUUAUUACAAGCUGGGUGAUCUCAAUCAAGCCAUCGAGUACGCCACGUUAUGUAGAAACAUUGCCCAAGAUCAAGCAGACAGGUUAACCUCCUUAGAAUGCCUUGGUUCAAGUUAUUUCAGCCUGGGUAAAUUGUUUCAAGCUACGGAAUUUUCUCAGGAAAUGAUUGAUCUCGCUAAGGACAGUGGGGAUAAGGGACGAGAGGCUUCCGCCUAUUCCGUUCUUGGAAUGGUUUAUGCUCGACGCGCUGAUUUUAAGUUGGCAAAAGAGUACCUUGAGAAAGCGCUUACCCUUGCCAAAGAACUGAGAGACCGGUCCAUCGAGUCAAAGGCCUUGUGGGCCUUCAGCGAUUUCUUUUUCCAAAAGUGCGACUUUGAACGAGCCAUGGAGUAUCACAAGAAAGCUCGUAACUUCCGCCAGAAAACAGGGGAGGAAAUGAGCGAAGGAUUUUCAUUCCAAAAAAUGGGUCUUAUUUUUGAAAGCUCUGGUGACUUGCACCGAGCGGUUGAUUAUUAUCAACGCAGUGUUAGAUUUUUCAAUCAGUUAAGAGUUCUUCAAGCUAAAGAUGAGUUGAAAGUAACCUUCCGCAAUGCACAUCAAUGCAGUUAUAAUGCUCUCUGGAGAACUUUGCUUAAGCUGUCAAAAUUCGACGAGGCGUUGUGUGUUGCGGACCAAGGACGAGCCCAAGCCUUGUUAGAUCUCAUCAAACUACGAUAUGGCUCCCAACUGCCAGUUUCUGGAUCAGCUGAGGUUCAACCAGGGAUCUUCGAAAUGGUCACUUAUAUCUCUGGUCCGACGCUUUUUGUUGCACUACAAGAAAACGCAGUUAACCUGUGGGUAAUCGGGAAAGACGGAAAUGUACAGUUUACACAGAAGGAAGUAAAAUAUCGCUUGGGAGAUGCGACCGACUAUUUAAAUAGUUUAAGGAAGAAGGCUUAUGAAGAAGUACGAGAUCAAUUCCGUGUAGUAAGUGAAAACCGCACAUUAGAUGAGACAAGCACCGAACAAGAAUUGCCACCCGCCGGUGAAGAAACAGGAAACCUAUUACAGUCUGACAAGAAUCCUCUACGUCUCUUUCAUGAGUGCAUCAUAAGUCCUAUUUCAAAUUUCAUCGAAGAUGGUGAGUUGGUCGUCGUUCCUGAUGGUCCACUGUGCCUCGCCCCUUUUGCCGCAUUUUUGGAUUCCGAAUCAAAGUACCUCAGUGAAUCCGUGAGAUUGCGGUUUCUUCCGUCAUUGAUGUGUAUGAAACUGAUUAACGAUUCUCCUGAAGAUUAUCACCAAAAGAGUGGGGCGUUACUCGUAGGAGAUCCAAAUCCAGAAGAAUUUACCACCUUGCUGGGAGAGGACAAAUUUUCAUCCUUGCCUUUCGCCAAAAAGGAAGUGGAGAUGAUCGGAGCGAUGCUCGGUAUCCAACCACUCACCGGAAAAGCAGCAACCAAGGCUGAGGUGCUAAAGAGAAUCGGUUCGGUUGCUUUGGUGCACAUUGCUGCGCACGGAAAAGUCGACAAUGGGGAAAUUGCAUUGGCUCCAAAUCCAGAACGAAAAUACAGAAGACCGGAAGAACCAGAUUUCACGUUAACCAUUUCAGAUGUACAAGCAGCGAAGUUGCGUACAAAGCUUGUUGUGUUAAGCUGUCCUCACAGUGCACAGGGCGAAGUGUCAAGUGAGGGUGUGGUCGGCAUUGCACGGGCUUUUCUCGGUGCUGGUGCUCGUUCUGUUCUGGUCGCACUCUGGUCAAUUGAUGGCGAGGCCACCAUGGAGUUUAUGAGAAGCUUUUACCAACAUCUGAAGGAUGGAAACAGCGCCAGUGUGUCACUCAACCGGGCGAUGAAAUGUCUGCGAGAAUCACAAAAGUUUAAUGCCCCGCGGUUCUGGGCUCCGUUUGUACUCAUUGGUGAUGACGUCACAAUCGAUUUUGGACAAAUCUGUAAAGAAUCGUAA